CAUCAGGCAUCAUCAAAACGAGUUCCAAAUUCUUUCCGCUAUUCGCAAAGCGUGCGGCAAAAUUCGACUAACACCGAUGGAUACGGGAACGGAGUUUACUUCCGGCCGCCGUGUCGCCGCCGUCAAUCUAGAAGAACAUAAUCAAUCUAAAAGGCACCGUUCGAUCUUCGAAGUUCCAUCGGAUUUCUUCGAUUCCUGCGGCCUACUUGAAUAUCCAUCAACCUCAUCAACCGCCUUCAUCCCUGAAUUCGCCGCAACCUGGACUACUAGUACUAGUAGCAAGGAAAAUACUGUAUUAGAAGCAGAUAAUGUUAGUUCUAGUGAGAGAUUGACGUGCAAUACUUGUAAAUCCAGUUUCGAGUCGCUUCAAGAUCAACGGUCUCACUUCAAGUCCGAUUUUCAUCGAUUCAAUCUAAAGCUUGCGGUUGCUGGAAAGGAUAUUGUGAAAGAGGAUGAUUUUGAUGAAUGGACAUCUAAUUCGUUAGUUCAAGAUUAUGAUGUAUCAAGUAUAUCAGGCUCAGAUGAGGAAGAUGACAGAGAAUCUAGCCUCAGAAGUGAUAUGAACAAGGGCUUACUGGGAAGUACUAAAAGCAAAAUCUUUGUACGUUUAGCAAAUGGAGCAAUGGUUUCAUUCUGGAAGUGCUUGCUUCUAGAAGACAAUGUGAAGAUUCUUUUUGAAUCUAUGGAGGAUGGUGUUAUGCCUUGUGUAACAAAGAAGGAAGUGAUUGAGAGACUGCAUGAUGUGAUCCAUGAAAGUAGGGACAAUACCCGUUUUAGGGUUAUGUUGCUUGCUAGUGGUGGCCAUUUUGCUGGUUGUGUCUUUGAUGGAAACUCUGUUGUUGUCCACAAAACAUUUCACAGAUAUGUGAUAAGGGCAAAGUCUGGUAAAAAGCAGUCAUCAAAAGAUGCUAGUGGCAAAAUUGCACAUUCUGCAGGAGCUUCAAUACGUCGCCACAAUGAACUUGCCUUAAAGAAGGAAAUUCGAGAGCUACUCGCAUCCUGGAAGCCAUAUUUUGAAGCUUCCUCUUGUAUAUUCAUUCACGCCCCUUCAGACAACCGCCAGCUGUUAUUUGAAGGUGAAACUCCGUAUUUUAGUGGUCACAAAAGUGUCAUCAGACGAAUCCCAUUGACUGUUAGAAGACCAACAUUCAAAGAGGCUCGCCGACUAUACAGCAUUUUAACUCAAAUUUCCAUUGAAGCUGAAGAACAAGCAGCAGCUCCUAUUAUUAUUAAUAAAGAUAAAGAAGUUUCUAGAAGUGAUAAGUUGGAAAAUCCACACAAGGGUGUGGCUGAUUCUAAUAAUGUGGAAGAUCUGUGUGUGUCAAGUUCAAGUGAUAAGGAGAGUGUUGUUUUGAUUGAGACUCCUUUACAUGAAGCAGCAAAAGCUGGGGAUGCUGAGAAGGUUGUGGAGUUAUUAGAACAAGGUUGUGAUCCUUGUGUUGUGGAUGAAAGAGGGAGGACUGCAUAUAUGGUUGCAACUGAAAAGGAAGUUAGGAAUAUGUUUAGAAGGUUUAUGGCUUUGAAUCUUGAUAAGUGGGAUUGGCAAGCUGCUAAAGUUCCUAGUCCUUUGACCAAAGAAAUGGAGGAAUCUCAGAAUGCCAAGCAGGCAGAGAAAGAUGCAAAGAGGAAAGCAAGAGCAAAAGAGCUGAAGAAGCUACGCAAAGCUAAAGAAAAGAAGGCUCAGGCAGAGGCUGCUGAAUUACAGAAAGCUUCAUCAUCUCAUUCUCAAUCACAAUCCAGCAGCAGACCAAAGUUGACUAAAGAGGAAGAAGCAAAACGAGCACAAGAUGAAGAGAGGGAGAAGAGAGCUGCUGCAGCCGAGAGGAGAAUAGCAGCCCUUGCCCUUCAAUCCACAUCAUCUUCAACUCCAUCAUCAGAAUCAGACAUGUUAUGUUCCUGUUGCCAGGUGUCAUUAGCUGGUAAAGUUCCAUUUCAUAGGUAUAAUUAUAAAUACUGCACCACAACAUGCAUGCAUCUUCACAAAGAGAUUCUCGAGGAUCAGUAA